AGACUGUGAGAUGAUAUAUUUCAGCUGUUAUUUGUUUUGAUGAUGAUGAGGAUGAUGAAGGUCAUUUGUUUCCUCACAGAUCUGGGCUGUAUGCUUCAGUACAGAGGAGCUAACAGGGCGGUGUAUCGAGUGGCCAGCGUCCAGCCCGUCGUCAGCACCCACAGCUCCGUCCUGACCCGCUCCGCUCCUCCCCUCUCCUCCCUACCACCUCCUCUCCCUCCAUCCAUUCACCCUCCCCAGCUCUCCCCGCAGCUGUCCUCCCUCCCUCCCGCUCUGCCGCCGCUGCCCAGCCAGCGCCCCAUGGCGGGCGGCGGCGAUAACUCCCCCCAGCCGAACCCCCAACACAGUCCCUCUCACGCGUUCCCUCAACACUCCCAACACCACCUCCACCCGCAAACCAGCGCCCAGCCUCAGUCCCUCCACCAGCCGGUGUCCCACUCACAUUCCCAGUCCCUCCCAUACUCGCAGUCCCGUUCCCAGUCUCACGCCCAGCCACCGCUGCAGCCUCAGCCCAACAUCCCGGAGCAGAACGGCAUCCUGGACUGGCUCCGCAAGCUGCGGCUCCAUAAGUACUACCCCGUGUUCAAACAGCUCACCAUGGAGGAGUUUUUAGCGCUGACAGAGGAGGAUUUGAACAAGUACGACUUGACUCAGGGAGCGAAGAAGAAACUGAAGACGCAGCUGGAGCUUCAAAACAGGGAGAUGAAAAUGGAGAAGCGUUCGUGCAGUGGCAUCGCCAGGGUGACGCCCUCCAGUCACAUGGGACCCUCAACACAUGCCAUCUCCACUGCAGGAGAGCUGCGUGUGGAGGUGGACACUGCGUCGCACCAUCACCCCGUCUCCACAGACAGCAGCUCGUCCUCGGGUUACUCCAGCUCCUCCUGCUCCCCUCGGACGCCGCACUGCUGUGACUCCUCCUUCGACCGGAGCAGAGACAUUCACAGGCGAGUGUCGGGUCCAGAAGCAGGAGGAGGAGCUCCAGAGAAGGACCGUUCCUGCCUCUUCCUCCUGAACUCCAGCUGUCCCUCAGGCUCCAGUCGUCCCACGGCCCAGGUCCUUCCCGUCCAGACUGAUCCAGCUCCUUCCCUCCCUCCCUCCUGCUCCUCCCACCUCCCCUUCGGCCUCCCACAGUCUCCCUACCACCCACAGGCCAGCUACCCGCAGACCCUUCUCUGCCCGGUCUCAAACACGGCACGUAUCCUGACCUCCCCACGCAAGCCCCGACCCCCUCCGCUGUGCACGGAGGACAGGACGAAGCCGCUGGGCUCGGGUCUGCCAGUGGCGGCUGCGGGCUUCAGUCCGGGGCUCGGUGUGGGGGUGAGGCUGGAGAACCUGUUCCCCGGGCUGAACAUGGACUCGUCUUCUCUCCAGGCGGGAGGCGCCGUGGGCCUGAUGGUAGAAACCAGUUCUGCUCUGACCUCCACCUCCAACAGCCUCCACCACGUCUCCCACCCCCCGCUCCACUUCCACCUGUCAUCCUCUUCAUCCCCCUCUCUGUCUGGAUACUACUCCUAUCCUCCUUCUUCCUCUUCUUCCUCUUUCUCUUCUUUCUCCACCUCCUCCUGUCCCUCUACAAAGUCCGGCUCGCAGUCUGGGAGUUUGAGCGGUGGCUUUGUUUCCAUGGCAACCAGCAGCGUCCCUGUAGCCGCGGUACCUGGGAACACGUACUACCCUGCCCAGCCGACCACCAGUCCCUCCCCUUCGCCGUCCUCUGCCUCCUCAUUGGAUCAAAGUUCAGGCCACACCCCUUCCGUGUGCGUUUGCAGCUCCUGCGGUUGUCGGGGUAACUGCGGCGCCUAUGGAGCGUUGCCUGGAUACGCUGCGGCUGGCUACCUGCAGCCCUUCUCGGCCGGCCCCUCCCUCUUCACCCUGGGUCCUCUGCUCCACCUCAGCCCCCUGUUGGCCUCGUCCGGCGCCACCGGCUCCACGCCCUUCUCCUACCCGAUGAUGAUGCCUCCGCCCCUCUACCGCCACAGCCCUGCGCCACUUGACCAGCAGCAGGGCUUUGGCUUCUACCAGCCCCAUGGCAUCAUGGGAAACGGAGGCCAGAAACGGGCGGUAGGGAGCCUGUCGUGUUAUAACUGUGGUGCUAACGGACACAGAGCAGAGGACUGCAAACAGCCGCCCAUGGAUUCAGUACAGCAAGGGACUUUUCGGCUGAAGUACACUCCUCGCUCUGACAGUAAGGACUCGGGGGACUAACCAGCAGUUAGGAUCUGAACUGUCGUCCUCCUGACACAACUGUACCUCGUGUUCCUGCUGAGGCAGAAAAAAAAAAAAAAGGGACAUGCACGUCGACAGCCUGCGUCCGGGAGCAGCGAGGCAGCGGCUGACUGACGGCAGAGACCUCUGUUAUCCUUUUUAAUUCUUCUGCAGCAGAGAAGAGCCAUGAGACCAGGAUGGAGCCUUUGUAAUGGGAUUACUUCUGACC